AUGAAGGAAACUGAUGGCGAAAUGGAAGACUCUGACGAAACUCGAGUCGGAAAACAGCCUGAUAAAAAAACGACUAAUGAAGUUGGGAUACACCUUACACUAAAAGAAUUAAGAAACAAUUUGAUCGCUAUUGCGACAGUUACGUUUGAUUCAGCCAUGUUAUAUGCACAAAAGAUACUUCAUGAAAAACCAAUGAUAGAUUUAUAUAUAUAUUCUUCAAAUAUUAAGGAAGCUAUUGAAACUGUAGAAAAGCUUUUCAAAAAAUUUACCAAUGCAUUAAUAUCCGAUGAUGUUGAUAAAGAGGGAAUUACUGGUAGAUAUAAUAUUGAAGUACCGAAUGUAAGGGUUAUGAUCGAGCGAAAGGCAAAGCCUAGAAGACGUGCAGAUUGGUGGAAACAAGUUAUGGAUGUGAUAGAGAAAUCGACAGAAUUAUUUAAAAAGUUGGUACAAAUCAGCCAACCAAAGAAUGCAAAAGUUGUAUACCAUGCGAGGGAUGAAAAUAACGAACCAGCUGUAAAAAUAAUGAUGGUUUCUAAAUUUCUACAUCAAAUCGAAAAUAAUCAAGAAAUGUUCUUGACUGAAGGAGAAGAAUAUUUUACUAUGCAAGAUGUAUUCACACAAUUCACCGAGGCUUAUUCAAAAAAUUACCAACAAGUAGAUGUGCAAAAAAAACCCGAGAGUUAUGAAGAAUUGUGUGAUAACUUCUUGGAAAGAAUUAAACAACAAGUUAGAUCAUUUACGUCAGAAUAUAAACAUUGUAUUAUGUGGGAGGCAGAAAGAAACACAUGGAAUUUAAUAAGUCAAUUACAACUUCUUCGAUCCACAACAAAAGAUGUUGGAAUAUCCCCAAAAUCAUAUCAAACAGAAAGAGAUUUAUUUAAUAGACUUGCAGAAGAAAAUCAUGAUUUCGCUGAAGCAUUGAUUGUACGAAAAUGGUUACAAGAAAAAGCUCCACCAUUUAAUCCAGUGGAAACACAAUCAGAACUUUGGGGAUUUACUCGAGAUUAUAUCAUGUACACUUUAAAAGAUACGGAAGGCAAUAAAUAUCUUGACCCGGAUGGUCCAUACAGAAAUGGAAUUCCUCUUCAUCAUUCUGAUCAGUACUUUAAUCUAAAAGGUCGUAGUUCCAUGGAAGUUUUAGAUGAGGAAUUACCAGUUCCUACAAAAUUUGUUGAUUUUUCUCCCGAGGAUAUAUUUCGGGCAGUAGAAGCUCUAAAAGUUGACAAGUAUCCUAUUAUGGAAUUAUUUCAUAAAAUUCAAAAACUUUAUAUUUUGAAUCAACCUUUUACAAUUAUAAAUGUUUUGAAAGAAGAAUUGACAAAUAAUCAAUUAAGACAAAAUGAAAAUGAUGUUUAUUGUUAUAUCCUUCGCUUUGCAGCUUACUUUGUUUUAUAUUUACGUGAAUUAAAGCUUCCAAUACCUGAAAAUGAGGGAAUGGAAGGAGAUGAAAUAAUUAAAUUAUAUACUGAACUUUUGAUUGAAUAUCAACAGAACAAAAUUAUCGCCUUGUAUGCUUCAAAAUUACCAAAAAAAUUAUCAAUCGAUACAUAUGCCACGUUCUUGAAAAAUAUUAUGGAGAGCAGGGAUAAAAGACGUAUAUUAUAUAUUUUGGCUGAAAAUCAUGGACUAGAUGUUAAAUCAAUUACGAGAGCAACAUUUGAUUUAAUAUUUAAUGAACCUGAUGUUGAGGAUCAACAUGGUCUCGUUACUUCCUUACGUCUUAAUGAUCUUGAUCCACCCCUACGUGAAACAACUAGUCCCGUCUCAAAUCAAGAUUCAAUUAAAAUUCGAGGAUUAGAAUGGCUCACAUUUAAUAAUGAACAAGUUAUUGAAGCAUUUGAUCGAGCCAAUGCUUUAUGUAGAAGAUUUUUGGUCAAAGGAAAAUUGAAUGCGGUCAAACAUGUUUUUUACGCAAUUUCCAAUCACGAGUCACCAUUAUCAUCUUUUAAGAUAGAUGAGGAUGAUGAUAAACAAGGAUAUGAAUAUUCGGUCAUUAAUGAAUAUACAUUUUAUUAUAAUAUGACGGAAUUCUUUAGUAAGAAUGAGGAAUGGGCGAAAAUUUCACGUGAGAAACUUCACAAAAAAGAGACUGAAUUUGAUACACGUAUAAGAGAAGCUACUGAAGCUGUAGAAAAGCUUUUCGAAAAAUUUACCAAUGCAUUAAUAUCCGAUAAUGAUGAUAAAGAGGGAAUCAUUGGUAGAUAUAAUAUUGAAGAUGAAGAACGAAAAAAAGAAUUAAACUUAAUUAAAGAUAUUUACGUUCCAAAUAUUGUCCUUCGCCUGCAUCAUAUUUAUGAAAAAACCAGAGAUGGCAACCAAGAAUAUCUCAAUAAAAGUUUUCGUUUAGCGAAUUUAAUUGCGGAUGGUGAUCAAGCAUUAUAUGUACAUUUUCUACGUUCCAAGAAAUUACCUAUAUUAAUUGAAUGUAUAAAAAAUUCUUAUUUGGAAAUAAUAAGAACAAAUCCCAGAGAUAUCUUUCUUUAUUAA